AGGCUACAAUGUCCUCUUUGUCCCUUAGGAGGACACAUGGAACAGAGGUGUACGCCCAUAUCAACUGUAGAGGUCCCCAUUUUACCGGCUGCUGCAGGCAGGCGGGCGGGCACACCUUGCUGCAUCCUCUCUUUGGGUUUACACGCAGUGGACAGAGAGGAUACAGCCGAAAAUACAGGAGGGACAUUCGGGCAGGGAGGGUUCGGCGGGGACACACAUGCAGGGUGAAUAGGGCGGGGACACACGGGCAGAGAGGAUACGGCGGGGACACACGGGCAGGAGAAGCGGCUCUGCUGGAGCUCACAUGCUGCGCUGCGCUUCCGUCAAUGAGCGAGCACGCUGCCGCUGUAUGAAAGAGACGAUGCUCACCCUGCCGUUAGCUCUGUGAAGUCCAACACACUCAUACACACCACACUCUUUCUUUCUCUCUCUCACUCUCACUCUGUCCUGCUGGAUCUAUUGUGCUGGAUGCCGGAAUGCCUGCUGCUCCUCUCCCCGCACUGUUCCUGGUUCUGCUGGGUGUUCUGACGACAUGUGCCCAGACGGAGAUGAAGGGGGUUGUUGGAGAUAAUGCCACACUGCCCUGCCACCAUCAGUUCUGGGUGGGUGAUGACCCCACACUUGACAUUGAGUGGCUGCUUCUCAAGCCAACAAACAGGCAGAGAGUGGUGAUCACCUACUUUGCUGGACGGGUUUUUGACCCAAAUGAAGCAGAGCGUAGCCGUGUAGCCCUUGCUGGAGAGUUCUUAAAAGGUGACGCCUCUCUGCUGAUCACUGACUUGUCUCUAACAGACUCAGGAGAGUACAGCUGCAAAGUCAAGACUGGUGCACAAUACCAUUGGAGCACCAUCAGCCUUAUAGUGCUCGUAAAGCCAUCCAAGCCACGGUGCUGGAUGGAGGGCAAACUGUUGGAGGGUGGUGAUGUUAAGAUGAGCUGCAAGUCUGCUGAUGGCUCUGAUCCCAUACACUACAAAUGGGAGAGGCUAUUGGACAAGGGCAAGUAUGCUGGCAAGCUGCCUCCACUGGCCCUGAUAGAUUUGAAAAACCCAGAGAUUGUGACGUUAAGGAACUUGACCAAGGACAGCACUGGUGUCUACAAAUGCUCAGCCAGCAACGAUGUGGGAGAGCAGAGCUGCACCGUGGAGGUCAAGAUACACUAUGUAAGGAGCAUGGGUGUGGUAGCGGGGGCCGUGGUUGGCGUGUCCUUUGGAGUCGUCCUUAUCGUCCUUAUCGUCUGGUUGGUGUUCCGCAAAAAGGAGAUGAAGAAAUAUGAAGAAGAAGAGACCCCAAAUGAAAUCAGGGAGGAUGCAGAGGCUCCCAAAGCCAAACUGGUGAAGCCCAACUCCCUCUCGUCGUCCCGCUCUGGCAGCUCUCGCUCAGGCACCUCCUCCACUCAGUCCAUGGUGCACAACAUGGGGCUCCGAGGCCCACGAGCGUGUGUUCCUGCUGUGGCAGCCCUCAAGGAAAACUGCCAAGCCUCCUCCUUCCCUCAGUCUCCACCUGGCUACAAUCAGACCGUUCCCAAGACUCCUGAACCACGCUCAACGCUAACCUCCACGUCUACCUCCAACUGCAAGCCCAGCCCUCCCCCUAAGCUGAGUCCUGGAAACCUGAACCGCAUGGGGGCCACGCCUGUCAUGGUCCCUGCCCAAACCAAGGCCUUCCAGACUGUGUAGAAGAUGCGAAGACACAGAGGAAAAGACCAAGGCAGCCUCAGGACACGGCGACUAACUGAAACCCAGGAUUUAGACUCUGACAUAGAUCCAGUUAUAUUAUCUAGAAAUAUUCCCACCAUUUCGCUAUCUGAUGGAUACUUUCAGCCAUUCAACUCUCACACAGGCACCUGAGCAACAUGUGCCAUAGACUGAUUUUCCGAAGUCAAGGAGGUGUCGAAACUGAAGAUACAGUAGUCUUAUGGAAGGAGAGGAUUGCAUAAGCCAGGGAGGGAAUGGGGAUGAGGUAAUGUAAUGUGAGGAAGUCCAAAGCGCCCAACCAGACUCACAUUUAAUCAACGUAUUACAUGACAUGGCAGCGUCAUUCUUUUCGCUGAAGACAACAUAGUUUACGUGCAGGUUGUCCCAGUACAUAAACAGGAUGAAUGGCCCUGAUUGUAUAAACAGACUUAAGUGGACGCUUCAUAUAUCCAUCCAUACAUGUGUCAUAUAUUUUUUUAAUGUUGACGUAAAUUAUACUGAGCCACUGCUUCCUCUGUGCCGACU